CUUUCGACAUAGAGAAAUUUCAAAGAAAUUUUGCGGGACUUGUCUUGGAACGAACGAAAAUAAACGAAAUUUAGUGGUGUUCUUUGCUGUAAUUUGGUUUGGAAUUUGAUUUUCAAAGAUUCGUCGACUAUAGAAGAUGCACUACUUGGAUAUGAUCACCUAAUGCAAGUACUGUUGUCAGUUAAUUCGGAAACCAACCAUAAACAAUUAAACCAGACUUUGUUUUCAAUUAAAUUUUGAGACUAAAUUUGUAUUAUGUCAUUCUAGAACACUCCAUCAUUUCCGUACAGCAGUGUAACAUGGCUAGUUUUCUACAAAGCCAAAUAACUUUACAGGUAUAGCCUAUGGCUGAUUCCUCUCGUCUCUCCAUCCAAAGUAUAUGACAGCUGAAAUGAGGAUUUAGUUAUUAUAAACAUCAGUCAUGAGUGACAGGGUAAUCUUCCAACCUUCUGAAAACGACUGUUUAGCCUAAAGGAAAUUACUAGGGGCGCCAUCCAUCAAAAAAAGAUAUCCUGGUAAACUCGAGAGUCUCUUUUCAGAUACGAGACACCGUUAAACCAUUUCAUCAUUUAGUAAACCCAGUCGCAACUCGUGAAGCUCUGGCGACCAGUUAAUAUACCCACAGUGUAAUAAUUACGAAAAUGGGCGCCAUUGCGAGAAAAUGGCUUGUCAUCCGAAUCGCCGCUGCAGUUUCAGUGUUUUUCUUAGGACUGUCUGCCCUGCUUCAAACUGGAAAAUUAGUACACAUCAAACAUAACUUAACAACAGUGACCACCAUUUCGCCCCUGCAGAGUGUAUCGAGUCGGGACCGAAUAAAUGAUGUCGUCGAUUGGAGAGUGGCGCCGGUCGAAAAAUUGACACUGGAACAGUUGAUCGAAUACAUUGAAUGGACCAACAGCACAUCCUGUCGUCUUUCCCACGAUUUCGGCGGAAGCGUUGUCCUCUCCAUGGGUGUGGACGGGCAGAAAGCUUUGUGUCUCGAUCCGGCAGUCCGACCGGAGAAAGCCAGCGGCGGUUGGCCUCCGGUGACGGACAAGAAAUUUAGCGAGUGUCUAGUCUACUCUUUCGGCAUCAACAACGAAUGGACGUUUGACGAGGCCAUGCAAAACUUCGGAUGUCGCGUUUACGCUUUCGAUCCUUCCAUGCAACUCGCCAAUCACAAUCACACCCCAAAAAUUCACUUUUACAACACGGGACUGGGCGAUCGCGAUCACGUUCGAUUGAACGAGCGAGAUCCGGCCAAUCCGAGCAACUGGACGAUGAAAUCGCUGGAUUCAAUCUACCGCAAUCUGCUGGGCCACGAAGACAAAAUCAUCGACUACCUUAAAGUGGACAUUGAGGGUGACGAAUGGAUCGUUUUGCCGCAAAUCAUCUCUUCCGGCAUGAUGGAUCGCGUGAGGCAAUUGGGUGUCGAAAUUCACUUGCUGACACAUCACUGCCCUCACAUGUCGUCGUGCCCACCGCCGGACGUCUCGCUGGAUUUUAUUCGCCAACGAGUUGACGUCAUCAAGUCGCUGGAGGACUACGGGCUGGUCCGCUUCGAUUCGAAAUUCAAUCCUUGGUCGAAUAACCUGAAAAUCGUCGACGGCGUCGACUGGUGGGGCUACGACGCCUACGAACUCGUUUGGUACAACCCCAAACUGGCCCGCAAUGUUUCAAGCUGAAUUGGUUUAACUUGAAAUUAAAUUGUGUAAAUCUUGGAUAUGUUUGACAUGUGAAUAUUAUAUUUGGAAAUCUACUUUGUUAUCCAACUUUCAAAACCUUUUUACGGACUGGAAUGUAUGUGGCAUGAAACAAGCAAUUUA